AUGGACAGUAGCGAGGAUACGGAGAUGGAGGUGGAAUUCACGUUUUCCGUCUCGUGGAGGCGGAUGGAUAAGGCGUUUGAGACGCGCAUGGACAAGUACGCGCGGUACGCGUUCCGUCCGCAGCAUAUGGAGGUGCACUGGUUCUCCAUCCUCAACUCGUGUUUCACGGUGCUGCUGCUCGGCGGCUUCAUCGCGACCAGACUCACGCACGUCCUCAAGAGCAACUUAAUCAGGUACUCGCAUGAUGCGGAUCCGUUAGAAGAGACGGAGGAGGCUGGGUGGAAGUCCAUCCAUGGCGACGUUUUCCGCUUCCCCAAGAACAAGGAGCUUUUCUGCGCCGUUCUUGGCAGCGGCACUCAAUUGCUCUUCCUGGUCCUUCUCAUGUUUAUUCUCACUCUUGUGGGGGUGUUAUACCCCUACAAUCAUGGUGCUUCGUGGACGGCGCUGGUGGUGAUUUAUGCGCUAACCUCUGGAAUCGCUGGGUACACGUCUGCGUCUUUCUACAAGCAGAUGGAGGGGUCCAACUGGGCGCACAACAUUGUGCUGACAGGGUGCAUGUUCGGCGGGCCGAUGGUCAUCUCAUUCUGCUUCCUCAACACUGUCGCUGCUGUCAACAACUCCAACAACACCAAGCCCCUCACCACCAUCCUCACCCUCACCCUCAUCUUUGCACUCAUUGCCUUACCCCUCCUCGUGGCCUGCGCCAUUGCCGGCAAGAAAAGCACUGCUGCAGAGUUCCAAGCACCCUGCCGGCAUUCCCGGACCUCAAAUUACCCGAGGGCGAUUCCGGUGCUGCCCUGGUACCGCCAUGCAGCCCCUCAGAUGGCUAUCUCUGGGUUUCUGCCGUUCAGUGCGAUUUUCUUUGAGCUGUAUUAUGUCUGUGCGGACUGGUGGUGGUAUAAGACCUACGCGAUCUACGGCGUCCUCUUUAUAGUGUUCAUCAAUUUCAUCAUUGUGACGGCGCUCAUGGCGAUUGUGCUCACGUACUAUCAGCUUGCAGCGGGGGACCACGAGUGGUGGUGGAGGUCGGUGCUGUGCGGUGGCUCCCCCGCGCUCUUCAUAUUCGGCUACUGCUGCUACUACUACCACGCGCAAUCCAACAUGACCGGAUUCAUGCAGGCGUCUUUCUACUUUGUCUGCAUGGCGUGCGUCUGCUACGGCCUCUUCCUCAUGCUCGGCACUGUGGGCUUCUGCGCCUCGCUGGCCCUUGUGCGCCGCCUCUACCGCUCCAUCCCGUGCGAGUAA